AUGAUUCAGUCACCUAUGAUUGAGGAUUAUGAUAAGCAUCUUUCAAAUUCAAAUAUCAUAAAGUUUGAUUAUCAUAAAUAGAGCUCUAUUUAUUAAGGCACGUACAGUGCUCGCUACAAAAAUAAAGUAGAAUCUCCAACUGUCUUUGAUUAGGAAAGUGAAAAUCAGCAAGACUAAUGGAGUUCUAGUGAAAAAAUAAAAUUAGUAGAGCUAAGGCAAAAGUUAAAAGAGAUGAAAGACAGGAUUAGGGCAUAAAAUCUGGUGAAGAGUCUUCCGUCAAGGAUGCUAAAAAAUUUAGACUAGAAUAAAUUUAAUCUGCUAGGCGAUAAAACUUAUAAUGAUGAAUAGAUUCAUGUUUAGUAAAUAGCGCUUUAUGAUAAAAGAGUGAAGCUGGAAAAAAAAUAAUAGACAAUAAAGCAAUUAACUCAAACAUAAAAUAUCUCUUAGAAUUCUAACAUAAUGAAUAAAUUAAAUUUACUUUCUGAUGAUUCGUAGCUCUUUAACUAGCUGAAAUAGCCAAUAAGGCGUGAAAAAUAAAAAUAUGUUAGAGUAGGCUUAAGUAGGAGCUUAAAAAACAUUUGUAAAUAAAUACUACUAUUAAGUGAACAUAUAUUUAAUUCUAUUCCAAUUAUCCAGCCUUCAAGCUUUUUAAAAGUGAUAUGGGAUAUUUUGUAUGGAAUAGUUGUUAUUAUAAGCAUGUUUUUCCUUCCAAUAAGUAUCGUUUUUGAUUACAACUACUCCUUUAUAAUACCUGGAGGAUUGAUUGUAAUCAUACCGAUCAUAUUAAUGCUUGAUAUUUUAGUCAACAUGAACACGGGGUACUUUGAAAAAGGUUAAGUAGUUAAAAGUAGGGUAUCUAUUGUGUAUUUCUAUUUAAAAAAUAAUUCUGUUACAGACAUAAUUUCAGUUAUUCCCUUUAUAAUUUCCUUCUAUUUCGAUCCCUUUAUUAACUAGAGUUUGAGUGAUUAAAAAUUAGCCUAAAAUAAACCAAAUUGGAUUUAACACCCAGCUUAUAAAAUUUUUUUGAUGUUUUUUUUCUUCAAAAUUCUCUCACUUAGCUAAAUAUUUAGAAAAAUUGAGGAAAGAUUUAACUUAAGCAAAAGAGUUACUUACAUAUUACAACUGAUUAAAUUACUCUUUACCAUUAUUUUGAUUAACCACUUGUUUGCCUGUCUAUGGGUAUAUGUAGCAAAGCAAGAAGGAAGUAGUGUUAAAACUUGGAUGAACUCUCUAGAAAUCAACUAUGACUAAUGGUAUUCCUAGUAUAUAACAGGAUAUUACUACUAAACAGUAACAAUGAGUACAGUUGGAUAUGGAGACAUUUCACCAAAAAAUUAAAAUGAAAUGGUUUUAUGUGUCUUAACAAUAUUGAUUGCUUGCUGUGUGUUUGGUUACACUUUAAACGAAGUUGGAUAGAUUUUUUCUAAUUUCUUCCAAGUCUAAAAUGAAAUUAAGAAGAAAAUCGGUUACAUAUAAAGAUUUAUGAGCAAAAAAAAUAUAGACUAAAAAUUAUAAUAUGAAAUAAGAGAAUAUUUGGAAUACUAUUGGAGAGAAACUUCUGAAAUGAAUUAAGAGUAGGAACAACAUAUCGUAAACCAGCUGAGUGAAUCUCUAAGAUCGAAAUUAAUGUAUGAGGCAAAUAAAAUAGUAUUUAAAGACUCGCCUAUUUUUAAACGUAAUUUUUCAAAAAGCACUAUGGAGUAGAUAAUACCUCUAAUUUAGGAAAUGAAAUACACUCCUGAGACAUUUAUUUGUCAGGAGGGAAUAUAGGAUGAUGCGUCGAUAUAUUUUAUUGAGAAUGGCUCAGUAGAAGUUUUACUAUAGGUAAAAGAUAAAAAGCAAAGAAGCUUAUUCACUCUUAAAAAGGGUGAGAGUUUCGGAGCUCAUACAUUCUUUACAGGUCUCUCAAGAGUAAAUAACAUCAGAUCUAAGGAAUUUACAACUGUUCUAAAAAUAAGAAGACAAGAUUUCUUGCAGUUAAUACAGUCAAAUAGCGAAGAUUACGAAACAUUUUGUAGUAUCAGAGAUUCAAUAAGCUAUUUGAAUGACUAUUCUAAAAUAGGGCUAGGAUGUUUUAGUUGUAAUUCUCAAUAACAUCUAGUAAAUGAAUGCUAGUACCUACAUUAUAUACCAAAUAAAGCAAAAAUUUAUAAGCUAUUUAAUGAUCAAUUAAAUAUAUCUCAUUCUCAGCGUUAACAUUAAGAAAGAAGGAAGAUAAAUCCAAAAUAUUACUUCAAAAACUCUCGUGUGAUUUUUAAAGAAGUGUUAUCCUAAGCAGAAAUAUUUCUGGAUAACUAUUAGAGUUAUAUAAAUAACUCAGAUGAUGAUUCUUUCUCUGAAGGAUACUUUUAAAGUGAUUAUAAUGAAAAUAUUCUUUAAUUCACAGAUGAUGAAAAAGAUAACAAGUACCACUAUGUUGAAAACAAAACUUUAAAUGGGAAAGAAAGUGCUAUAAAUACUAAUUAAAAUGCCUACGUUAAUUAGCCUAGAACAUUGAAAAGUAGACAGGCCUUGGAUGCAAAUUUUUCUUAAUCGAUAAAUUAAUUUGAUAUUAUAGAAGAAGAUGAAUAAGGUGAAAAUGGUAAUGAAAUCUUAAAUUUGUUGAGGUAAAAAAGUGAUAAGCAAAACUAAAAUAAAGAAGACAAAUAAAAAUAGUCCAAAAAUUAUAAUUAAUCCCCUCAAAUAAGCAGUAAUAAUGGAUUUUAAGCUAUUAUUACAAAUAGAACUUCCUCAAAAAGGAAUACCGAUACUUAAUUUACUCUUCCUUCACUCUACAGGAGUAACACUGUUAAAACAGAAUAAUAAACAACCAAUUAUAAUGAUAAUGGUUCUUCCUAUUCCAAUCAUAGAUAAUAUUAAAACACAGUGCUUUAAUAACAUUCAUCAUAACAAAAUCUUAAUUCUAACACUGCUCUAGAUGAAGUAGCAUUUUAGGAAUUACUAAAGCAAGCUCAUUAGAUUAACUAGAUGUCUCCUGGGUCAUUUAAGAGAAACACACUAAAGUAAAUGACUAAAAAAAUAAUGAAUGCAUAAAAAAUGUUUGAUAGUGCCAAUAGAAGUGCCGAGAGGAGACUCUCAAAGCAAAUUCUUUUAGAUGAAUUGGGAAGCCCAACUUAAUCAAUUAAAUAGCAGUUUUAACAGAACAAAAAAAUAUCGGCAGAAAAGAUAGUGACAAAAAUACUUCAACAGAAGACUACAAUGAAUAAUGAAUCAAAGGAAUUAGAAUAAGUUUUGAAAUAAUUAUAAUAACUUGUUUUAAGUUAAUAAAACUACUAAUAGCUUCAGUAAUAACUGGAAAUUAGCAAUCAAAACAACAAUUUAAAUUUAGAGAAUAUAGAACUUGAUUCUUAAUUUGAUAGAAUGAAGUAAUUUGUUAAAUAUAAUCCCAGGUUCAAUUUUUCUAGUGUUAUUAGUCGAUAUAACUAACUAUUAGAAGCAAAAACAAAAAAAUCUAAAGUUAAAAAGUAAGAUAGAGCAUCUAAACCAAAAGGAUCAAUUUAUGGUAAGACAAGCAAUAAAAACCUUGAGUUCCCAACAGACAAUAGAAAAUUUUCUAAAUUUUCACCAGUAGCCCUUAAAAAUAAUAUGAUUUCAGCAAUAUAAGAUGGCACUGAUUAAAAUGCAAUGGUUAUUUCUAAUUCUUAAAGAAAUAAUGCCUAUUCUGAGUCAGAUUGUCAAAGUCCAACAUACCAUUAAAAUAUUUAAAUUGAAAAAAUUUCCAAACAAAAGUGUGAAACAAACUAGAACUAAAGCUAAAAUUGUGUUGAAAGUAUGAAUUAUUUGAAGGCUUCCAAUGGAAAUUCUUCUUAAAUUAUUGCAAGUAGUCCUAUGAACAUCCCUUUAAAGGAACCUGUAAUUUUGGGUAGUAAAUUAAUUGAAUACAAAAAGAAUAGUUCUUUAAAUCUAGAAGAUAAAUUCAAUAAAUCUAACUCUUUCAAUUUUAACGGAUUUGUAAAUAAGUACAGUAUCCUGAACAAAGAAGAAACUGUAUGUGAAGAUGUAAACAGCCCAAGUCUCCAUAUUCUCCCAAAUAAUUUCGAUAUGAAAUUCUCUCAAUUAAAUUAAAGAUCCAUAUUAGACUUCUAAGCAAAAGAAUUAUGA